GAGGUGAUCGCCUUCAUUUUGUUUUGUGAAUUUUUAAUUAAAAUGCUUCGUAAUAUUUUCAAGUUCAAUACACAGUUUAAAAAAGCACCUAGACCAAGCUCCGCACUUUUUUCAACUCUUAAAGAUAUUUCUCAUGAGAUUCAAAAUCCUCCAGUAUUAGAUGAUCUAUAUUCGAAAAUGGUUGUAGAAGUUCGCGGACAUGAUCGAGCAGUUUUAAAUAGUUAUGAAUGGUUUACUAAAACAGCCGCUAAUGAGUUAGGAGUAAAUAUAACAAACAUUUCAGAACCUAAAAAGUUUCAUGACCGAAGAACAUUACUAAAAUCAGCUUUUGUUCACAAAAAACAUCGUGUUCAAUAUGAAUUUAGAACGUAUUUCAGAAUUUUUGAAAUGAAACACCUAACAGGUUCAACUGCAGACACAUUUUUAGAAUAUAUUCAAAGGAAUCUUCCAGAAGGAGUUUCGAUGAAGGUUACAAAGCAUCGGAUUGAAAAGCUUCCUGAUCACAUAAAGAAUUAUGUACCUGAGAAAACUGAAGAGAAAAACCUAUGAAUUGUAAAAAAAUUGUAUUUUCCUGUCAGUAUAAUUAGUUAUAAUAACUAAUUUGUCAGUUGCAUUAUUGUUUAUUAUUUUUUAUAGAAAAUAUAUUUGCAGUGGAAUUCACUUAUUUGAACAUAGGCGACUGGUGUCCCCCCCCCCCAAAAGGAGAGGGGGGUGAAAAGCGUAGGGAUUAGGAAGCAUGGCUCCUGGAGCUGAUUUUAUAGCUUCUAAAAUUGUGGACUAUGGUAUCAAAAAUAGACUCACUGUCAAUACCUCCUUCCCAAGUUCUAUUAUGUUACAAGAUGAGAAAAGUUCUUUUAUUUGAAAUUUCGAGUUUUUUUUACCUUUGUAAUUUAAGUAGAUUCUCCCCAUAAAAAAAAUCAUUUUUAAUCAAUCGUUAAUUUUUAACUGAAAAGUGAGAGGGCAUGGCUCCCUUACUUUUGGAAUGCCCUCUCACUUAAAGGGAAGGGAAGAUCACCCAAGAAUUAGUACAAUGUACAGUAGAGCCUGCUUACUAGAUAUUGGUUGACAAGAAUACCCAGAUUUACGUAAUAAAUUUAACACAAACCGUUGUAAUUUGCUAUUUUGAUUCCUGUUUAUGGAAUGUCCAGCUUAUUAGAAUAUUUUAUGACAAAUUGGCUAUUCCAUUAAACAAGCUCGACCAUAUUAAUAAAUAAAUAAAAUAUUUUCUUGAAACCAACUCUUAGAAAGGUGAAUGGAUUUCUACAAUUCUUCACAAUACAAAGCUAAUGAAAGCUAAUAAAAAUUAAAGACUGACAGAACUUUUAGACAAGGGAUUCAAUCACUUGUUAAAAUAAGGGUGUAAAAGCCUGUUGCAGGACCAGAUCUGUGUACCCGCAGCGCACGUAAAAAGCUCAAUGGUCCAAAAAACCUAGUAAAAAACACUAAUACAAAGAGUUGUUAACAAAAUGCUCCAAAAAGGCCUGGGAUCAUUUGUAAUGAUUAUUGAUGCUAAUUUUAAUAUUUGAAACAAAUUAUAGACGUGAAUUAUAGAAUUAGUAAUGUUAUUAUAGCAACUUUAACAUCUGCUAUGAAAAUUAGAACAAGGAACUACAAUGAUUUUAACGAUUUCAGAAUCAAAUUUUUCUUAUGGCCAAUCUGUUACUGAAAUUUUUAAACUGGUGCAGGGUGAAAAGGAAGCAAAAAACAAAGCCUGAAAUGAAUGAGGAAAGAAAUACAAAUGAAGUAUUGAGUUUGUAGUAGAAAUUUUGACAACACUUCUGUCAUAGGUGCUAGCUGUCAUAGUUCUUCAGCUUUGCAGCAGCUAGUUAUAAACAGCAAUGAGUAUAAAAUUAGGUUAUGGAGACUGAGUUUAGCUUUUUAAAUGGUUUUCAUUCAUAAAAAUACAUUGAAGAAGUCGUAAGAGUUCUGCG